AUAUAAGCCAAGUAAAGGGUGUUGGGUUUUUGCUUCUUUUAAAGACAGAACAACACCAUCAAAUUAAAAAUAAAAAAAUAAAAAAAUACCAAUAGUAAUAAUAUAGAACCCAAAAUUUGGUCUCUGAAAAGGAAAAAAAAUGGAAGAACAGCUCAGCUCCUUAGCUGUUACUCAUCUUCUUCAACACACCCUAAGAAGCCUUUGCAUCCAUGAAAACUCUCAGUGGGUUUACGCCGUUUUCUGGAGGAUUUUGCCCAGAAAUUAUCCCCCUCCCAAGUGGGACAGCCAAGGAAGUGCGUAUGACAGGUCAAGAGGCAACAGAAGAAACUGGAUACUGGUUUGGGAAGAUGGGUUUUGCAACUUUGCGGCGUCGACGUCGGCGGCGGCGGGGGAGAUGAAUGCCGAAGAAUGUCCGGCGGGUUCAUCGUCGGCGUACGAUUACCAGCAGUACCAAGGGCUGCAGCCGGAGCUCUUCUUCAAGAUGUCCCACGAAAUCUACAACUAUGGUGAAGGUAUAAUUGGAAAAGUAGCAGCAGAUCACAGCCAUAAAUGGAUCUAUAAAGAGCCAAAUGAUCAAGAAAUCAACUUCUUGUCUGCAUGGCAUAACUCUGCUGACUCUCAUCCAAGGACCUGGGAAGCGCAGUUUCAAUCUGGUAUUAAGACCAUAGCUUUGAUUGCUGUUAGAGAAGGUGUUAUUCAGUUGGGAGCUAUUCAUAAGGUUAUCGAGGAUUUGAGCUAUGUGGUGUUACUGAGAAAGAAGUUAAGUUACAUAGAGAGCAUCCCCGGAGUUCUCCUCCCACACCCCUCGUCGGCGGCGUAUCCCAUGAAGAUCGACGGCUACGGGCUCUCGCCGGAAGCAUGGCCGCCGCAUUUCCAGGCCAACAUUGUGGCGGCGCCACCCGCGGAAUACUACGACCACUUCAACAACAAUAACCAACCGCCGGCGGCGGCGAUGAUGAAGAUAACGCCAUCGAUGAGCAGCCUGGAGGCCCUUCUCUCCAAGCUGCCCUCCGUCGUGCCGACGGGGCCCUCCAUGCCGGCAGUUCCGGGCAACUACUCCGACGUCCCGCCGCAGUACCACCGGGCGCCGGAGAUGGUGGCGAAAGAAGAGUACGACGACGACGAUGAAGAGAACAACAACAACAACAAUGGAAGGAACUAUCAGGGUGAGAAUAAUAAGGAUGUUGGGGAGAGUAGCAGUUCCAUGUCUUCUUACAGUCAUCACCACCACCACCAUUAUGGGUAUCAUUAUGAUCUGAAUGUGAGAGAGUUUAAUUGAAUUCUUGUUUCUUAAGCAGUUAGUACUCUACUGAGAGAGAGAGAGAGAGAGAGAGAGAGAGAGAGAGAGAGAGAGAGAGAGAGAUUGUAUUAAGAUCACCUUCAAAAACUGCUAACAAUAAUGUAGCUUCUUAGUAUUAAGUUGCUUGAAUUAGAAGAAGUGUUAGUCUACUCUUUUUGUGAAUGUUUAAAGUAUAUGAGCUUGAAUGAAGUGGAUAAGUGUUCAAUUUAUU